UUGGAGCGAUUCUUCGAUGCAGACGAACGUCGGAGUUUGCGGAUUGUAAUAAAAACGACGCAAGACAGGGAGAGCGAAAAAGACAGAGAGAGCGCGAGAUCGAGUGACAGAGAGGGAAGGCAGACAGCGAAUAUCGAGCAUAAAGCAGAGUGCGCAACACGUGAAACAACAGCCGCCAAUUGGGUUUAAUUUGGAUCCAGAAAGUCGAGCGACAACAACGUGCCAGCUACGAGAUGUCCACCACAACCACAUCCAUUGAGGGCUACAAGCUCGGCAAGGUCAUCAUCGAGGGCAAAACGAAGCAGGUGUACGAUCUGCCGGAGCAGCCAGGACUGUGCCUGCUCCUCAGCAAGGAUCGCAUCACCGCCGGCGAUGGUGUCAAGGCCCACGAUCUGGCCGGCAAGGCGGAGAUCUCGAAUACCACCAACGGUCAGGUGUUCCGACUGCUCAACGAGGCUGGCAUUCGCACCGCCUAUGUGAAGCAGUGCGGCGCCAAGGCCUUCAUCGCCCGCAAAUGCCAGAUGAUACCCAUUGAGUGGGUGACCCGUCGCCUGGCCACCGGAUCGUUCCUCAAGCGCAAUGUCGGAGUGCCCGAGGGCCACAGGUUCUCGCCGCCCAAGCAGGAGACGUUCUUCAAGGACGAUGCCAACCACGAUCCCCAGUGGAGCGAGGAGCAGAUCGUCUCCGCCAAGUUUGAGCUGAAUGGCCUAGUGAUCGGCCAAGAUGAGGUGGACAUUAUGCGUAGAACCACGCUGCUGGUCUUCGAGAUACUGGAGCGGGCGUGGCAGACCAAGAACUGCGCCCUAAUCGACAUGAAAGUGGAGUUUGGUAUCUGCGACGAUGGCAACAUUGUGCUGGCCGACAUCAUUGAUUCCGAUUCGUGGCGUUUGUGGCCAGCCGGUGACAAGCGUUUGAUGGUGGACAAACAGGUGUACCGCAAUCUGGCAUCGGUGACGGCCAGCGAUUUGGAUACCGUGAAGAGGAACUUCAUUUGGGUGGCCGAACAACUGGCCGAUAUUGUGCCAAAGAAGGAUCACCUGGUUGUGAUACUGAUGGGCAGUGCCUCCGAUAUAUCGCACAGCGAGAAGAUUGCCACCAGCUGUCGAUCCCUCGGCCUCAAUGUGGAACUCCGUGUGAGUUCCGCCCACAAGGGACCGGAGGAAACGCUGCGCAUUGUCCGCGAAUACGAAUCGGUGAUGAGCAACCUGGUCUUUGUGGCCGUUGCCGGCCGUUCGAAUGGACUGGGUCCAGUCGUUUCCGGCAGCACCAACUAUCCGGUGAUCAAUUGUCCGCCCGUCAAAUCGGACAGCAUGCAGGUGGACGUUUGGUCCAGCUUGAAUCUGCCAUCGGGCUUGGGCUGUGCCACCGUUCUCUAUCCGGAGGCAGCUGCUCUGCAUGCGGCCACCAUUCUGGGGCUGGGCAACUUUAUGGUCUGGUCGAAACUGCGUGUCAAGUCGCUCAACAACUUCAUCACCCUCAAGAAGGCCGACAAGGAGUUGCGCGGCGUGCGAAAUGCUUAGUAGUUGGCCAUUGGCGAACUACUGCCGAUCACCUAGUGGUAUCAUAUCAUCUUUGGAUAUCAACAGGAGGCCACAUUGAGGAAUCCUCGUUCGGCGAUCAUCCAGGAAUCCCAUAAGGGUCAUCUUCAGAUCCCAUUCUUUGUUAAUUCUUCUACUCCCGUUUAUUUUUUUUUUAAACCCAAACAUUUUUUUAUUUUCGUUAGUAUUAGGAAAGGAUGACUUCAACUUGUUCUUGACAGGUUACCUCGAAAUAACAAAUAAUAAAAAUUAAAUUUUAAAUGUUA